UAUGACCAUCCCUUCCUUUUUCGUGAUUUCCCUUCCUUCUCGUCCUCAUAAAACCUCAACAAAGACACCUCUAAACCCCUGCAUAGAGAAAGUCAUCAAAGAAGAAGAAGAAGAAGAAAAGCCCAAACCCUAAAGCAACGAAAAUGAAUUACUUGGUGCGGAGGACGGUGGUGCGAGGCUUGCUGAUCAAUGGUGGCAGUGGUGGCAGGUACAUUUCGACGGUGACGGCGGUUGGUGCUGUGAAGCCGGUGGAGGCAUGGAAGGAGUUAAGGAACCAAAACGGUGCGUCUUUUGGAGUGUUUUACUGGAGAAGGAUGAUGAGCUCUGCGGCGGAGACAGCGGUGGCUGAGAAGGAGAAUAAGGAGAAGGCGGUGGGGAAAUCGGCGGAGAAAGGAGUAGAAUAUGUGAAGACGAGUGAUGGUGCGGUGGUUUCGAGCUACUGGGGGAUUUCAAGGCCUAAGAUUGUGAGAGAAGAUGGGACUGAAUGGCCAUGGAAUUGCUUUAUGCCAUGGGAAACUUACAAGUCAAAUACAUCGAUAGAUCUGAGUAAGCAUCAUGUGCCGAAGACCUUCCUUGAUAAGGUUGCGUACAGGACAGUGAAGCUCCUUCGAAUUCCAACGGAUAUAUUUUUUCAGAGACGGUAUGGGUGUCGUGCCAUGAUGUUGGAAACUGUGGCUGCUGUUCCUGGUAUGGUUGGAGGGAUGUUGCUGCACCUGAGGUCUCUCCGCAGGUUCCAGCAAAGUGGUGGUUGGAUUAAAGCCCUGCUUGAGGAAGCAGAGAAUGAGAGGAUGCACCUAAUGACAAUGGUUGAGCUUGUUCAGCCUAGAUGGUACGAGAGGUUGCUGGUUCUUGCAGUGCAGGGUGUAUUCUUCAAUGCUUACUUUGUGCUUUAUCUGCUCUCUCCCAAACUGGCUCAUAGAAUUACUGGGUAUUUGGAGGAAGAAGCCAUACACUCAUAUACAGAGUUUCUGAAAGAUAUCAAAGAUGGUAAAAUUGAAAAUGUUCCAGCUCCUGCUAUUGCCAUAGACUACUGGAGACUGCCAAAGGAUGCAACUUUGGAGGAUGUUAUAACUGUGAUCCGUGCUGAUGAAGCUCACCAUCGUGAUGUUAACCACUUUGCUUCUGAUAUUCAUUAUCAGGGUAAGGAAUUGAGAGAGGCACCAGCCCCUCUUGGUUAUCACUGAGAGGAAGACAGACAGGACACUCUUUCGGUUAUCCCUCAAACUUUGUUUCCACUUGAAAAGUUUUCUAAGGUAGAUAUAAAGAUUAAUGUGUCACUUGUAUAUGCUGAAAACCGCAAUCUAUUGGAAGAUGGACUUAUGUUUCAAUUUGUAUGUAGUCUUGGUUAUGAUUGUAUUUAACCUCUACUUUUUGACUUGGGAGUUUCUGUUUGGAACUGACCUUUCUAAAAGCAUCCUUUUUGAAGUUUUUACAACA